AUGACACAUGUUAAGAUGAUAAUCCUUGUCGGUGGUGAAACAAGGGAGUGGAACCUAGAAGAGAUUGUUACUAGAGGUGUAAAGGGAAGAACUGGUUGGUUUUAUGUGACAUGGAUUUGCUUGCAGUUGCAGCAUUGUCUAUGUAUGGCUUCUGAUUGUUCAAGAUUUGUAAGAUUUCAAGAUGACCCUGAACUUGUAAAAUGGCCAACAACAAACGGUGGCAAUGGAAUCAGGCGCAAUGGAACACAAGAAGCUGGGACAAGGGGUAAAAAGGGUCUGAAGGAGACAAGGAAGUUCUUGAAGACUAGAGUAUUGUCAAGAGUAUUCUCAGAGGAUUAUGAGAGAGUUAGAAAAAGAACUUUAUUAGAUCCCCGGGGACAAACCAUUCACCGAUGGAAUAAAAUUUUCUUGGUAGCAUGUUUAGUAUCUUUGUUUGUGGACCCUCUAUUCUUUUAUUUGCCACUAGUUCGAGACGAAGUGUGCAUUGAUAUUGGAACAGCACUUGAAGUUUUCCUGACAAUGAUAAGAUCCAUGGCAGAUGUGUUUUACAUGAUUCAGAUUCUCAUGAAGUUUCGAACAGCUUAUGUUGCUCCUUCUUCUCGGGUAUUUGGGAGGGGAGAACUUGUCAUAGACACUUCUAAGAUAGCUACUAGGUACCUGAGAAAGGGUUUUUGGCUAGACUUCAUCGCUGCAUUACCUCUUCCUCAGGUGUUAAUUUGGAUUGUGAUCCCCAAUCUUGGAGGUUCAACCAUGGCAAACACAAAAAAUGUGCUUCGCUUUAUCAUCAUUUUCCAAUAUCUACCAAGGUUAUUUCUGAUUUUUCCACUUUCAUCCCAAAUUGUAAAAGCUACUGGGGUUGUGACAGAAACAGCAUGGGCAGGGGCUGCUUACAACUUGGUGUUGUACAUGUUGGCUAGCCAUUUUUUAGGAGCUAGCUGGUACCUUCUAUCGAUUGAGCGACAAGAAGCGUGCUGGAGGAGUGUCUGCGAUAUGGAGCAAUCUUGUCAAUAUGGAUUCUUUGACUGCAGACGGAUUGAAGAUUCCUUCAGGGUGUCCUGGUUUAUAGCAAGUAAUAUCACAAUUUUAUGCUCACCAAAGGCUAACUUCUAUCAGUUUGGUAUAUACGGUGAUGCUGUGACAUCCCAAGUCACUACCUCAUCAUUCUUUCACAAGUACUUCUUUUGUCUUUGGUGGGGCCUAAGGAAUCUGAGUUCAUUGGGACAAGGUCUUCUUACUAGCACUCUUGUUGGAGAAAUAAUGUUUGCCAUUGUUGUUGCAACCCUUGGACUGGUUCUUUUCGCGUUACUUAUUGGUAAUAUGCAGACAUAUCUCCAAUCAACUACUGUUCGCUUAGAAGAGUGGAGGGUGAGGAGAACUGAUACAGAACAAUGGAUGCAUCACAGGCAGCUACCCCCAGAACUUAGACAAUCUGUGCGCAAAUAUAACCAAUAUAAAUGGCUGGCCACACGGGGGGUAGAUGAAGAAGCUCUUCUCGAAGGACUUCCAGCUGAUCUUCGGAGAGACAUCAAGCGCCACCUUUGCCUUGAACUAGUUCGACGAGUGCCGUUGUUCGAUCAAAUGGACGAGAGAAUGCUCGACGCAAUAUGCGAGAGGCUGAAACCGGCACUGUGCACGGAGAACACGUACCUUGUUCGCGAGGGCGAUCCCGUGAACGAAACUCUCUUCAUAAUCAGAGGGCACCUGGAUUCCUACACCACCAACGGAGGCCGCACCGGUUUCUUCAACUCUUGCCGCAUUGGGCCCGGCGAUUUCUGCGGCGAGGAGCUGCUCACGUGGGCCUUGGGCCCACGGCCCAGCUUCAUCCUCCCUUCCUCCACUCGAACCGUCAAGGCCAUCUCCGAAGUGGAGGCCUUCGCCCUCAUAGCCGAAGACCUCAAGUUCGUGGCCUCACAGUUCAGAAGACUACACAGCAAACAACUCAGACACAAGUUCAGGUUUUACUCGCACCAGUGGAGAACGUGGGCUGCAUGCUUCAUACAAGCUGCAUGGAGACGCUACAAGAAGCGAAAGGAAGCUGCAGAACUUAGAGCUUUGAGCUACUUUCAGUCCAUGGGUGAGGGUGAGGGUGAAGCGAUGAUGACAAGGAAAGGUAUUGUGCAUCAUGCUCAUUCUGGAAUGGAUUCAGAUGGAGUUGUCAACUCUUUGCAGAAGCCAGAAGAACCAGAUUUUUCUGUUGGUGAGUGA